CUGACUGGCUGGCUUGAGAAGAACAAGGAUCCUCUCAACGACACCGUCGUCGACCAGCUCAAGAAGGCCUCCAACGCCCUCACAGUCGAGAUCUUCGCUGACCAUCCCGGCCAGUCCGGUGAUGCAGGCGGCAAGGGUGGUAAGGGUGGUAAACAACAGACCGGCUUCAAAACUGUAUCUUCUGGAUACAAGGAUCAGCUUGCAACCUCAUGAAGACUCUCAACGCUACUCAUCCUCACUUCAUCCGAUGCAUUGUGCCCAACGAGUUCAAGAAACCAGGUGCUGUUGAUGCUGGGCUGAUCAUGCAUCAGCUGACCUGUAAUGGUGUACUUGAGGGCAUCCGUAUUUGCCAGAAGGGCUUCCCCAACAGGAUGCCUUAUCCUGAUUUCAAGCUCCGUUACAACAUCCUGGCCGCCAAGGAGAUGCUUGAAGCGAAGGACGACAAAAAGGCUGCUGAAGCUUGCUUCCAAAAGGCCGGUCUUGAUCCCGAGUUGUAUCGUUGUGGCAAUACUAAGGUGUUCUUCCGUGCCGGUGUCCUGGGUAGACUCGAGGAGAUCCGUGAAGACCGCGUGGUCAAGCUCCUCACCUGGUUCCAAGCAUGGAUCCGUGGUUUCAUCAGCCGCAAGUUCUACUCCAAGAUGCAGAAGCAGCGCACUGCCCUCAUUGUUGUGCAGCGCAACCUAAGGAAAUUCAAGAUCAUGCGCGCUUGGCUCUGGUAUGAACUGUGGAUCAAGCUCAAACCCAGGCUCUGCGCCACACGUGCUGAGGACGAGAUCGUAAGAUUGGAAGAACUUGCUGAAAAAGCUGAGGCUGAUUUCGAAAAGGAGGUUAAGGUCCGCGAAGAACUCGAGAUCAAGAAUGCGGCUCUUCUCGAGGAAAGAGCUGAGCUCAUGAAUGCUCUCGAUUCUUCCAAGGGUGGCAUGUCUGAAUACCUGGAUAAACAGGCAAAGCUGCAGGCACAGAAGGCAGAAGUUGAAGCACAACUUAAUGAAGUCUUAGGACGCCUUCGCAAGGAAGAAGAGGCUCGUGGUCAAAUUGCCAAUGGCAAAAAGAAGUGCGAACAAGAGGUUGAAAGUCUUAAGAAGGACCUUGAGGACCUUGAGCUUCUGGUUCAAAAAGGUGAGCAAGACAAAGUCACCAAGGACGAACAGAUCCAUAAUCUCAAUGAGGAGAUUGCUCACCAAGAGGAACUCAUUAGCAAGGUUAACAAGGAGAAGAAACAUCUUCAGGAAUGCAACCUGAAGACUGCCGAGGAUAUCCAGUGUAUUGAGGACAAGUGCAACCACCUUAGCAAGAUGAAGACCAAGUUGGAGUCCACCCUUGACGAACUCGAGGAUUCUCUUGAGCGUGAGAAGAAGCUUCGUGCUGAGGUCGAGAAGUCCAAGAGGAAGAUCGAGGGUGAUCUCAAGCUGACUCAGGAGGCUGUUUCCGAUCUGGAACGUAACUUCAAGGAACUCGAAGUGGCUGUAGAACGUAAGGAUAAGGAGGCUGCAGCCCUAACUUCCAAAAUCGAGGACGAACAGGCCCUUGUUUACAGGGACCAAAGGCAAGUGAAGGAACUUCAGGCUCGCCUCGAAGAGCUCGAGGAAGAAGUUGAACAUGAACGUCAAGCACGCAGCAAAGCUGAAAAGGCCAAGAAUCUCCUUUCUCGUGAAUUGGGAGAACUUGGAGAGCGACUGGACGAGGCCGGCGGUGCCACCGCAACGCAGAUUGAGAUCAAUAAAAAGCGCGAGAGUGAACUGGCCAAGGUCCGCCGUGACAUUGAGGAAUCCAACCUCCAGCAUGAAGCUGCUCUCGCCACUCUCCGUAAGAAGCAUAAUGAUGCCAUCGCUGAAAUGUCUGAGCAGAUCGACUAUCUUAAUAAAAUGAAGGCCAGAGCUGAGAAGGACAAGGAUGCCAUGAAACGUGACGCCGAGGACGCUAAGGCUUCAAUGGAUUCACUUUCUCGGGACAAGACUACCGCGGAGAAGACAACUAAGCAGCUGCAGCACCAAUACAGUGAGCUCUGUGCAAAGCUUGAUGAGGUUAACCGCACUCUCAGUGACUAUGAUGCCGCCAAGAAGAAGCUUGCUUGUGAGAAUGCCGACCUUGUCCGCCAGCUGGAGGAGGCCGAGAACCAGGUUGGCCAGCUUUCCAGGCUCAAGCUCUCCCUUACAAACCAGCUUGACGACACAAGGAAACUUGCUGAUGAAGAAAGCAGGGCACGAGCCACUCUCCUGGGCAAGUUCCGCAACUUGGAACACGAUAUUGAAGCUCUUCGUCAGCAACUCGACGAGGAGAACGAAGCCAAGGGAAGCGUCUUACGCAUGCUCUCCAAGGCUAAUGCUGAGGCUCUCAUGUGGCGCUCCAAGUAUGAGUCUGAGGGUGUUGCUCGUGCAGAGGAAAUCGAAGCUUCUCGCAUGAAGCUCGCUGCUCGUCUCGAGGAAGCCGAAAUGCAGAUUGAGUCCCUCAAUGUUAAGAACUUGCAUCUGGAGAAGACCAAGAUGCGAGCUGCUGCUGAGCUGGAUGACCUCCAAGUCGCUGCUGACCGUGCACAGACCUUGGCCAACUCCGCUGAAAAGAAACAAAAGAACUUUGACAAGAUUAUCUCCGAAUGGAAGCUGAAGGUCGACGACCUUGGUGCUGAGUUUGAUGCUUCUCAGAAGGAAUGCCGCAACUACGCCACCGAACACUUCCGUCUGAAGGCUGCCUAUGAGGAAAACAUUGAACAACUUGAUUCUAUCCGUCGUGAAAACAAAAGUCUUAACGACGAAAUUAGGGACUUGAUGGACCAGAUCGGUGAGGGCGGCCGAGCAUACCAUGAGGCUCAGAAGAAUGCCAGGCGUCUUGAGCUUGAGAAAGAAGAACUUCAGGCUGCUCUUGAAGAGGCUGAGGCUGCUCUCGAACAAGAAGAGAACAAGGUCCUCCGAACACAGCUUGAGCUCAGCCAGGUCAGGCAAGAGAUUGACAGGCGUGUUCAGGAGAAGGAAGAGGAAUUCGACAACACUCGCAAAUGUCACCAGAGGGCCAUUGACUCCAUGCAAGCUUCUCUUGAGGUUGAAGCCAAGGGUAAGGCUGAGGCUCUUCGUUUGAAGAAGAAGCUCGAGUCCGACAUCAACGAGCUUGAAAUUGCCCUUGACCACGCCAACAAGGCCAAUGCUGAUCUCCACAAGCAUUAUAGGAAGGUUCAGGAUGAGAUCAAGGAUAUGGAGGCCCGCGUUAAGGAAGAGCAACGUCUUGCCUCCGAAUAUCGUGAACAGUAUGGCAUUGCUGAGCGCCGUUACAAUGCCCUCUAUGGUGAGCUUCAAGAAUCUCGUACGCUCCUGGAACAGUCUGAUCGUGGCCGUCGCCAUGCUGAGACUGAGCUCAACGAUGCACGGGAACAGAUUAACACUCUCACCACCCAGAAUGCUGGACUAAGUGCCGCUAAGAGGAAGCUUGAGGGCGAAAUGCAGACUCUCCAUGCUGACCUUGAAGAAAUGCUCAGCGAAGCAAGAAACUCUGAGGAGAAGGCGAAGAAGGCCAUGCUAGAUGCUGCUCGCCUUGCUGAUGAGCUCCGUUCUGAACAAGAGCACGCCAGUAACCAAGAGAAGAUGCGUAAGGCCUUGGAAGGUACCGUCAAGGAUCUACAGACCCGUCUUGAGGAAAGUGAGGCUGCUGCCAUGAAGACUGGUAAGAAGGCUGUCAGCGAACUUGAAGGUCGCAUUCGCGAACUCGAGGCUUCCCUGGACGAUGAGACUCGCCGCCACGCCGACGCCCAGAAGAACCUGAGGAAGUGCGAGAGGCGCAUCAAGGAGCUCGCCUUCCAGACUGACGAGGACAAGAAGAACCACGACAGGAUGCAGGACCUCGUCGAUAAGCUCCAGCAGAAGAUCAAGACUUACAAGCGCCAGAUCGAGGAGGCUGAGGAGAUCGCCGCCCUCAACCUGGCCAAGUUCCGCAAGGCUCAGCAGGAGCUCGAGGAAUCUGGCUGAAUUAUACUGUCAGAUACAUCUAGGUAUAUCCUAGAUGUUCAUAACAAAUAAACAGUCAUAAAUGUA